UACACAAAAUUGAAGAAAAUGGCAUGCUUAUCAUCGCUAUCGCUGUGGCCGUCACCAGCAGCUAAACCAUUUUUCUUUUCACUACCACAAAGCUGCAGCCCUUUACUUAGGGAAAAGCAAACCCCAACAAGUCUUCAAAGUUCCCCCCUCAUUUACACAACAAAACUAGGACAAAAUCGAUUCUUUAAUUGCAAGGAGGAAAAAUAUAAAAGGUUAUCACCCAUUGUGUGCAUUCGCCCCGCUUCUGAUGACAGAGAAGACACACCACAAGCGGCAAAGAAUCAGAAGAGGGUUGAGUUUUGGACGAGAAUGGCGAAAUCUUUGGAAGUGGCGCCUGGUUCGCAGAUGGUGAAGGUGAUGUUUCCGUUGGCACAUUGCCUUUGUCUGUUUGCCCCGUUUUGUUUCACUUGGGAUGCUUUUGUCGUUGCGUUUGGGUUGUACAUCGUCACUAUGCUGGGUAUUAGUCUCUCUUAUCAUCGGAAUCUGAGUCACAGAAGUUUCAAGCUUCCCAAAUGGCUAGAGUACUUUUUUGCCUAUUGCGGUGUUCAUGCUCUUCAGGGAGAUCCAAUUGGGUGGGUGAGUAACCAUAGAUAUCACCAUCAGUAUGCGGAUACUACAAAAGAUCUCCAUAGUCCUAUUGAAGGAUUUUGGUACAGUUAUGUAGGUUGGUUAUAUGACACUAAAGCCGCUAUUGAAAGGAGUGAAAGACCGACAAAUGUAGGAGAUUUGGAGAACCAAUUCUUUUACAACUUCAUUCGUAAUACCUACAUUAUUCACCAUACUAUCCUUACAACAUUGCUAUAUGCCAUAGGUGGAUUUCCGUAUAUAGUUUGGGGCAUGGUAGUAAGAAUUGUAUUUCUUUCACACGUAACAUAUUUAGUGAAUUCUGUGUGUCACCUAUGGGGAAAUCAAGCAUGGAAUACUGGUGAUCAAUCUAGAAAUAAUUGGUUAUUGGCAUUGCCUUCACUUGGAGAUAGUUGGCAUAACAAUCACCAUGCCUUUGAGUAUUCAGCUCGACAUGGCCUAGAAUGGUGGCAACUUGACAUAACUUGGUAUGUUGUGAGGGCACUACAAGUUUUUGGUUUAGCAACUGAUGUUAAGUUGCCUACUCAUGCUCAAAAGAGAAAGAUGACUUCAACUACAACUUAAUAUAUGCUUUUGACUUGAAUUGAAAGCACGUAGACAACCUGAAAUAUAUAUGCAUGGAAUAUGAAAUGUGAGGAAUGCAAUGUUAUGUGUAAUUUGUAAUUAUUGUUGUUGUUUUAAUUUGAUAUAAUAAUUGUUAUGGAAACUUAA